CGGAGCGAUCGAACCCCUCCCAGUUACUCCCGUGGCUUUUGCCACGAACAUCAGGCAACAAUCUCCAAAUAUGUGAGAGCUCACAUGAAAUAACGAGCGAGAGCGUCACAUCAUAUGUUUGAAUGAUUCCCUGAGGAUGUGAGAGUCACGGAUGCGGCGAUCGAUGAGUGUUUCUGUCGCAGGCUCAAACAGACGAUGAGAGUUGACGAGACCCACGGCUCUUGGUGACGACGCGGUCCCGCUAUGGGGCUCCCGUGAAUGGCCCGGGCGUCGAGUAUGUUGACUGCCUGUCAGCAUGACGCCGUUGGACCUGUGGCUUUCGCGCUCCAUCCCCAUGUGUCUGCUGCUGCAGAGCCUGGUUCUCAUGGUCCUGUGCUUUCCGUCUGCCAGCACCUGUCCCAAGGGUUGCACCUGCCAGCGCUCCGAAAGCCCUCCGCACGGACUCAACGUCACCUGUAGUCUGUCGCGCCUGAAGGAGAUCCCGCCUGACGUCCCUCCGGACACCCAGCUGCUACAGCUGGACCGAAACCACAUAUCUCUGGUCCCCGAUCGCAUAUUUCAUGGCUUGAGGAUGCUUCGGAGGCUCAAUCUCUCCCACAAUGCCGUGGAGACCCUCGGCGAGGGGGCGUUUGUUGGAUUGGAGGGCUCUCUGGAAGUGCUGGACCUUUCCCACAACCGGAUCACUAGCGUGCACAAGGACGCGUUCGCACGGUUGAAGGCACGUGUGAUGGUGGACAACAACCCUUGGCAUUGCGACUGCGCCCUGCAGCAGGCGCUGGGCGGCAUGGCGCACAACCAUGAGGCCGCCACGCGCGUGCUGUGUCGUAGUUCAGAGCUGAGGGACCAGGAGGGCCAGCCGUUCCUGGCCGUGGAUGCAGACUUGUGCAACCUGGCCAAGCGGACCACCGACUACGCCAUGUUGGUGACCAUGUUCGGCUGGUUUGCGAUGGUUAUCUCUUAUGUUGUGUACUAUGUACGGCAGAACCAGGAGGACGCGAGACGACACCUCGAGUACCUGAAAUCGCUUCCCAGCAAGCCCAAGAAACCGGACGAACCGGAGGACAUAAGCACGGUCGUGUGAUGCUACAAAGAUCGCACGAUCCCAGAGACUAAAGGGCCGUUCACACCAAGGAUGAUAACUGUAACGAUAACUAUAAGAGUAUAUGGAAUUUUGUGUAACGGAGGCCAGCGGUAGGUGCUGUGCAGGUAAACCUCACUCCCCUGAUCUCAAGAGUUGCACUAGCUACUGAUGCUAGUGGCUGCAGUCUUUAACCUCCUUGUUAGUGCGCCUGCCUCCCAUGCUGGAGACCUGGGUUCAAGUACCGCUCGGAGCAGGUGCAAGUAGGACCCGGGGGGGUUAUGUUGGUGCCGUGACCCGGAUGGGAGUGAGGUUUAGGGGGGUGAGUGUAAUGGAGGUCAGCGGUAGGUGCUGUGCAGGUAAACCUCACUCUCCUGAUCUCAAAAGAAGCCCUAGCAAUUGACACUAGUGUCUGCUGUCUUUAGCCUCCAUGUUAGUGCGCCUGCCUCCAAUGCCAGAGGCCCGGGUUCGGGUAGGUCUCGGGGGCAGGGUUCAUUCGCACCACAGCUACUAUGAUAACAGUGUAGAGAGACUGUAUUGUUUACAGGUGGUGAUCAGAAUCAAUUAUAAUAUAUGUUAUCGUCCGUUAUUGUGGGUGCUGAUAUAGUUAUCGUUAUAGUUAUCAUUCUUAGCAAGAGCGGGCCUUAAACCAGGAUGUUGAUCAAUCUGAUGCGAAUCGUAAAUGUCGUCUAGCGUACUACACCUGUCUUCUCUUUUUCCAAUGUGCUUUCCUGUUUCUGAGUAUGUAUUUAGAACAAUUUGUGAUACACUUCCAACCCUUUGUCCUUACGAGAAAGAGAGAGUCUUUUAAACGUGACGUCCAGGUGGCAUUAAAACAAUCGCGAAGUUGUCCUCUAAACGUGGUCCGAACCCACCUUUAGAGCGAGAACUUGUCUUCAGGCACAUUGACACGAGUAAUUUUCUAUUUUAACUAGUCAGUUGGAAGAGAUCGUCGAUCAUUAAGCAGUGCUAAUGACCAGUACAGGUAUUUUGAGAAAUCAAAUCUCAGGUGCAAAUGUUGAUAGACUCCAAUGAUUUGUAAAAACCCUACGAUGUUUUGAUGCUACCAAGUUUUGUAAGACAAACGAUAAUCCAGGCAUGUGCGCAUUAGCUACAAUCGCGAAUCAUUUUACGACCUUCAAAAGGCGUGGAGUACCCUUUAUUAGUGAAAUGACGGGACAUUUCUUCCAACGUUCGGAAACUAUUAUCGUGAGCCUGUGCAUUUUUAGGUUUUCUGUUUUGUUUUCACGUUAAAACUCGUGCACAUUCAAUCGUGAAUCGUUGAGUCGUAGAGCACAGCAGUGCUGGUGUGGUGCUUGUCACGUGAUUCUCGGAACCGUAGUCGAGGAACGUAGUCGAUACCUCCAUCCGAGUCUUUUGUCGGUAACGUUACUUGUGAGGCUCUUUGUCGAUGUCGUAACUCACCGUGCGUAAAAAUAGGCUCCCGAGCCCCGUGUUAGUCAUUGUGUAAUCUGCGAGGCGGCCAGUGUUUUUUCGUAAACGUAAGGUUCCAUCCCUGAAUCCAAACUCUUGACAUCCAGGACAGAAAAUGUACAUCCUGGAUGAGGAACUUCAGCUUCCCCUUGCGCUAUGGGCCAUCAGCGCUUAGUGAUAUUAUUGUGUGUGUACAGUAAUUUGGGCCGGUCGUGAGCAGAAAAUUACAGCUGUCACUCUGUUACUGGCCUCAUUCUUACGGCUGACUGCCGAGUCCAGCAAAGCAAAGCCCCGGGGAGAGCUAGAGGAUAGAAAGACGACAGGAGAAGUGAGGAAAUGGAAAACAGGAUGCUGGGAACAAGUUCAGGAGGAAAUCAGAACAGGCGGUGGGAUCGUGGUAUAGUAAGUUUCAGAUGGCUUUCAUAUAUCAUUGCAUUCACUUGAUCCAAGGCAACUGUGGUAUUUCCAUGAUUAUCAUGUCCAAAAGCUGUUAGUACCAUGGUAGCCUCCAAAACAAAUGUUUUUAUGAUGGAUGCAGCCAUGAACUGUAUAUUCAAAAUUGGGGAAUCAAUAGGUCCUAAUCAAAAUGAAUUAGUAUCAUGUGCACAAAUUGGAAAUACUGUGGUAGAUCUUAAUACCAUGGUAGAGACUAAAAUUAUGGUAGUAUGAUGGAUGCAACCAUGUACUGUAUAUUCAAAAUUGGGAAACCAAAUGUAAAAUUUAAAGCAUUGGUCAUUGGGAAAAGAUAUAUAUCAGUACAAUGUGAACAAAUUGGAAAUACUAUAGGAGUGUCUAAAAAACAUGGUAAUAUGAUGGAAGCAACCAUUUAUAUUGAAGAUUGGGGAAUCACAUGUAAAAUUUAAAGCAUUGAUCAUUGGGGGGAAAAGCCAAUUGGAGUAUGUUAGUAUCCAUAAGUGUCCAUGAAUUGGAAAUAUUCUGGUACAGUAGUUUUUAAUACCAAGGCUUUGUCCAAAAACAUGGUAUUUUGAUGGAUAGAACCAUAUAUAUUCAAUAUGUAUUCAGAAUUUGGGCACUAAGUGUUUAAUGUAAAGCACUGGUCAUUGGGAAAAAGAUGACAUUCAGAAUAUGUUAGUACCAUGCCCACAAAUUGGAAAUACUGUAUUAGUACCAUGUAUUAGUACCAUGUCCUCAAAUUGGAAAAAAAUGGAAAUGUUAUGGUAGUUUUUGACACCAUAGUAGUGUCCAAAAACAUGCUAUUAUUAUGGAUGCAAGCAUAUAUAUUCAAGAUUGGGGGACAAAAUGUAAAAUGUAAAGCCUUGAUCAUUUGGGGAAAAAAUUCUGAUCCAGAGUAUGUUAGUGUCCAUAAAUUGGAAAUACUGUGGUACAGUAGUUUUUUAUACCAUAAAAGUGUCCAAAAAUGUGGUAUUAUGAUGGAUGCAACCAUGUAUAUUCAGGAUUGGGGACUAAAGGUAAAAUCUAAAGCAUUGAUAAUUGGGAUAAUUGGGGGGAAAAUUAAAUUCAGAAAAUGUUAGUAUCAUGUCCACAAAUUGGAAAUACUAUGGUACAACAGCUAUGUAUUAUGAUGGAUGCAACCAUAUGCAUUCAAAAUUGGGGGACUAAAUGUAAAGCAUUGAUCAUAAAUACCAGGUACGCAGAUUGGAAAUACUAUGAUAGUUUUUAAUACCAUGGUAGUGUCUAAAAUUGCGAUAAUAUGAUGGAUGCAGCCAUGUACUGUAUAUUAAAAAAUGGGGAACCAAAUGUAACACUUGAAGCAUUGGUCAUUGGGAAAAAAUUACAUUCAGAAUAUUUUAGUACCAUGUCCACAAAUUGGAAAUACUCUAGUUGUGUCCAUAGUAGAGUCCCCCAAAAAAACAUGGUUUUAUGAUGGACGCUUCCAUAUAUAUAAGCCAAAUGUAAAGUUUAAAGCAUUAAUUACUGGGGAAGAAAUUGUUGAUCAGAGUAUGUGAGCAUCUAUAAAUUGGAAAUACUAUGGUACAGUAGAUUUUAAUACCAUGGCAGUGUCCAAAAAACAUGGUAUUGUGAUGGAUGCAAACAUAUAUAUUCAGGACUGGGUGACAAAAUGUAAAGCAUUAAUCACUGGGGAAAAAUUGUUGAUCAGAAUUAAAUAGUACCAUGUCCACAAAUUGGAAAUAUUAUAGUUGUGUAAAUUGGAAAUACUAUAGUUGUGUCCAAAAGAAACAUGGUAUUAUGAUGGAUGCAACCAUUUAUAUUCAAGAUCGGGGAACCAAAUGCAAAAUUUAAAGCAUUGGUUAUUGGGAAAAAUAUUGCCAGCCAAAAUAUAUUAGUACCAUGUCCACAGAUUGGAAAUACUAUGAUGUUUAUGGUAUAUUAUAUUCGUGUCCCAAAAAUGGUAAUAUGAUGGAUGCAAAUUUAUAUAUUCUAGAUUGGGGAAUAAAUGUAAAAGGUAAAGCAUUGUUAAUUGGGAAAUUACCAAAUUAGAAAUUACAAACUAAAAUGCAUUGCACUAUUAUGGAUGCAACUAUAUAUAUUUAAGAUUGGGGGACAAAGUGUAAAAUGUAAAACAUUUAUCAUUAAAAGAAUGUUUUAAUUACAGUGUCCAUAAAUUGGCAAUACUAUUUUACAGUAGUUUUUUAAUACCAUGGCAGUAUCCAAAAACAUGGUAUUUUGAUGGAUGCAACCAUAUAUAUAUCAAGAUGUAGGACUAAACAUAAAGCAUUCAUAUGGGAAAAAAUGUGCUAAUCAAAAUGAAUUAGUACCAUGUGCACAGUUCAAUCUAAUACCACGGUAGUGUUUAAAAAGCUUGGUAUUAUGAUGGAUGCAACCAUAUACAUUUAAGAUUGGGGGACCAAAUGUAAAAUGUAAAGAUAAAAUUGCCAUCAGAAUAUUAUUAGUACCAUAUCCACAAAUUGGAAACACUAUGGUAGUUUUGUGAGUGGAAUGAGCGUUGUUUCUUUAUUGUAACUUCAUUGUUGUGUAUCCAGUGAAGUGCUUUUUUAAUGAAACUUUUUAAACGGUAAUUAAAUUCCAAGGUUGGUGCCGUUAUAAUAAUGACGUUUGAUCGUGGCUUCGACAUCGGUUCAUCAGAACAUUAGGAGAAAUUUAGAAGAACAUUAGGGAGAACACUAACCCGACUUCACUGUAGAUAAAGAGCUUGUCAUUUGCGUAGGAAGGUACCUGAAAUCCCUUUAAAGAAUCGUGUUUGAAUGUACUUAUCUAGUCUUUUUGCCUUGUCUAACUGCGGUUGUUCUACACGCUGUAUUGUGCUGGGAAAGAGAGCCGUUUCUCAAUGCAGACUCCACAGUGAAGCACGCUGUAGCCAAGGACACGGGGGAGAGAUUUUCUAAGUGCCUGAAAUACUCGUCUCUAAGUCUCUCAUUCUUCCAGCUAACGAUAACUUUGCUUUGAAACGUUUUGUUCGGUCUCGCCCAGCUCGAGUCUACUCGGCCUCAACCGGAUAGGUCUUUACUGCACAAAGAUACUGGGAAAACGAAUGAAGUACAGGAGUGCCAUUGAUGCGUGAUGUAGUUCUUCCUGUUUUCUUAAGGCCUUUUCACAUGAUUCGUGUCACGGCUUCAAUGCUGUGCAAUGUUUUGGCCUCCACAUGAAAAGCAUUGCAGAUUAUGUCGCCAAAGGGUGAUUUGACAAGGUUGCGAAAAGUAUGAAGUGUUGAAAAUAGUAACAGAUAUCUUAUAUUAGAACAGAAAGUCCUGGCGUUGCUUAGAUGCAUUGGAGAAACAAAACAAAGACACGUCUAACUUUUCUCUGAAUGUCAUGAUAUGCAUUUGACGUUCCAGUUUACAAAUAAGUUAAUCUUCCAUCUUGUUUUGAUUUUCACAUUAGAUGCAUAUCUUUGGGAAAUAGUUGGUUGUUCUUUGAAAAGGUUCAAAUCAAGCGAUAAGAUUUAGGUUAAAACUGACAUGACCACAAUAUGGCGCAGGUUUGUCCUUACCAGGUUAACAGGUUUCUAUUUCUGCAUUAUAAAAUCACAUUGGUCCAAUUACAUUUAACAUCAAAUAUGAUCUUUAAUGCCUGUGAUUUUUUUUUUUUUUCAUUUGAUGAGGACAGAAACACUACAUACUCUUGGAAAUGUAUUGCACCUGCUCACGAUGCUGUAGUUUGAUGCUUCGCUGCAUUGAUUUUGAUGCAUUUGGGAACCGAACGUGAAUCAUGUGAAAGGGCUUUUAUUGGAAAAAAGUAGAGGAGAGUUGUGGCGUGUGUUUCUUCCUAUGUUAUGUUAAUUAGUUUUUUUUUUUUUUUAAAGUAAUUACUUCAUUUUUGUGUGCCAUUUUUUGGCUUGGUAUACAUGAAACUGACUCCUGCUCAAAAAAAAGUGACAUACUGUUGAAGACGUAAAACUGGAGGAGGAUCAAUGGUACAUCACAUUGUAAACGCAUGAUGUAGAGAAAAUGAAAUAAAAGAUUCAUUUACACUGUU